ACCUCUCUUCUAUCGGCUUCUCGGCUGUCACGCUCUGAUUCUGUGUUCAGCGCUCACUGGACAGCGAUCUCCUCGUAGCCAUGGCCGAUCCCAGCUCGUUCGCCUCCGCGGAUCAGUUCAUCACCAGACACAUCAACCUCAAACUCUGCGUGGAUUUCGACUGUCGGGUGAUCCGAGCCUCCAGCUCCCUGACCGUGCGGGGGCUGCACGACUCCCUGAGCCAGCUGAUUUUUGACACCAAGGAUCUGACCAUAAAGAAAGUUUCAGUAAAUGGGCAAGAGGCAAAAUAUUCUCUUGGGACAAGUCACAAGUUUAAAGGAACCCCUCUGGAAAUAACUCUCCCGUUUCCCCUCACAAGGGGUCAAGAGAUCGUUGUGGACAUCAGCUCUGAAACCUCUCCCAAGUCAUCAGCUCUCCAGUGGCUUAAACCAGAACAGACAGCAGGGAAGAUUCAUCCUUAUCUCUUCAGUCAAUGCCAGGCUACCCACUGCAGAACCAUCAUCCCCUGCCAAGAUACCCCAUCGGUGAAAUUCACCUACUACUGCCAGAUUUCGGUUCCUAAGGAGCUGGUGGCGUUAAUGAGCGCUCUUCAUGAUGGAGAAAUUUCAGAUCCAGAUGACAACAGCAGGAAGAUUUAUCGUUUUAAACAAAAUGUCCCUAUACCCAGCUAUCUGAUUGCCCUGGUUGUUGGAGCGUUGGAGGGCAGGAGUGUUGGUCCAAGGACGACCGUGUGGACAGAGAAGGAACUUUUGGAGGCCUCUGUGUAUGAAUUUGCUGAGACUGAGAAAAUGUUGAAAUACGCAGAAGAUCUGGUUGGCCCUUAUGUUUGGGAAAGAUAUGACCUGCUUAUAUUGCCUCCCUCGUUCCCCUAUGGUGGUAUGGAGAACCCUUGCCUCACUUUUGUCACUCCAACUCUUCUGGCUGGUGAUCGCUCUCUAGCAAGUGUUAUUGCACAUGAAAUUUCACACAGCUGGACAGGAAAUUUGGUUACAAACAGAACUUGGGAAAAUUUUUGGUUAAACGAAGGUCAUACCGUCUAUUUGGAACGCAGAAUUGAUGGACUCCUUCAUGGGGAAGAGUUCCGCCAGUUCAAGGCUUUGGGUGGAUGGAAAGAAUUGCAAAACGCUGUGAACACAUUCGGAGCCAGUAAUGUACUUACAAAUCUUGUUCCCAAUCUACAUGAAGUGGAUGUGGACGAAGCAUUUUCCUCUGUUCCUUAUGAGAAAGGCUUUGCUUUGCUGUUUUACCUAGAGCAGCUUCUGGGAGGGCCAGCUGUUUUCCUGGGUUUCCUGAAGAAUUAUCUCCAGGUGUUUGCCUACAAGACAGUGACUACAGAAGAUUGGAAGAAAUUCUUGUAUUCCUAUUUCAAAGACAAGGUAGAGAUUCUUGACAAAGUGGACUGGGAUGGAUGGAUGAAUACCCCUGGUAUGCCACCAGUACAGCCAAAGUAUGAUAUGACUCUCGCAAAUGCUUGUAUUGCUCUCAGCAAGAGAUGGGUUGAGGCUAAGGAAUGUGACCUGAGCUCCUUCAGUGCUGAGGAUUUGAAAGACAUUUCUUCCCAUCAGAGAAUAGAGCUCCUAACUCUAUUGCUACUUCAGGAACCACUUCCAGUAUCUCACGUCAAGCGCAUGCAAGAAGUGUACAACUUUAAUGAAGUAAAAAAUUCCGAAAUAAGAUUCAGGUGGCUGCGUCUCUGUAUUCGAGCAAAGUGGGAGGAAGUUAUCCCAUUAGCGCUCAAAAUGGCAACAGAACAAGGGAGAAUGAAGUUUACACGACCAUUGUAUCGUGAUCUUUACAACUUUGAUAAGGCACGAGAUGAAGCUGUAAGCACCUUCCUUAAAAACAGAGCCUAUAUGCACCCUGUGACCGAAAUGCUGGUGGCGAAAGACCUGCACGUUAACUAAUGCAUAGCCAAUGCUCUAUUGAUUCCGCCUUAAUGAUCUCUAGAUUUACGCAACCAAAACUUUGUAUGGAGUUCACUCCCUAGAGAUGUAUUUUUUAUGCUUGUGGUUUUCAUCAUGUAAUGCUUGAUUUGAAGAAAAAAAAAUUGGAUAAAUAUCUUUUACACUGACUGCAA